AUGUUUAUGAACAAAAAGCAUUCUGGGGUCCAAUUGCGCAGGCUGGCGGGAAAGCCUAUCUGCUACGUAAUUCCAUUUACCGGGUAUGUGACGGAUAUCCACGCGAUGGUGGCGGAUUUUCUCCACGAGACGCUUAAGGCGAUCACCACGAGCAGUCUUAAGGAAAGAGAAAUUAACAUGGAAGAAAGUAAGCACAUUAAGGUGAUCCGUCCAGACAGUUAG